GCGCCACAGGCCCCAACGCAACGCCACUCUCUCCCUCCUCCUUCUCUCUCGCGCGCCCACCACCACCCCCCGUGCCCUUCCUUCUCCGGCUCCUACGCCGGCGAACCCACCGCGGAUCCAGUGGUUCCUCCGAUCAGGAGAGGCGAGGCGGGAGGAAGAGAGUACUACCUGCGCGGGAGGAGACGAGAUGGGGCUCACGUUCACCAAGCUGUUCAGCCGCCUGUUCGCCAAGAAGGAGAUGCGGAUCCUGAUGGUGGGUCUCGACGCCGCCGGAAAGACCACGAUCCUCUACAAGCUCAAGCUCGGCGAGAUCGUCACCACCAUCCCCACCAUCGGAUUCAAUGUUGAAACUGUGGAGUACAAGAACAUCAGCUUCACUGUCUGGGAUGUCGGGGGUCAGGACAAGAUCAGACCUCUGUGGAGGCAUUACUUCCAGAACACGCAGGGUCUUAUCUUCGUCGUGGACAGCAAUGAUAGGGACCGUGUUGUUGAAGCCAGGGAUGAGCUCCACAGGAUGCUGAAUGAGGAUGAAUUACGUGAUGCUGUGUUGCUUGUGUUUGCUAACAAGCAAGAUCUUCCAAAUGCUAUGAAUGCUGCUGAGAUUACUGAUAAGCUUGGACUGCACUCCCUUCGCCAGCGACACUGGUACAUCCAGAGCACUUGUGCUACAACAGGUGAGGGAUUGUACGAAGGCCUGGACUGGCUGUCCAGCAACAUUGCUAGCAAGGCCUAAAUUUUCGUCAAGAUUUUGGAUGGAUGAGCUAGGAAAUUUGGAUGGAUCAUUCAAUCUAGGGAUGGGUUGGGAAGGGAUGCUAUCCCCGUAUGUAAUGUGUAUUUCAUGAGAUCAACAGUUAUUGAGCUCUGGCUGUGGUUUCACUGUUAUAUUCUUUAUUGUAUUUUGAGACCUAAGAUGUUUCUGAAGUAAACAGCUAAAGAGUCAUGUUCAAUUUA